CCAUCGAGAAGCGUGUUGUUGGCGGAAGUACUUGAUACGUCGGUCUUGUAGUUCAUUUAAAUCUCCAUGUGGCUGUAAUUGUCGCGUUUAAGUCAGUCUGUGUCUUUUGAAAAUAUCAAAAUGGGUAAAAGGGGUAAAAAAGAAAAUAAAGUGAAAGGAGCGGAGAAAACAGCAGCGAAAAUGGAGAAAAAGGUGUCAAAAAGGUCGAAAAGAGAGGAGGAGGAUUUGGAGGCUUUAAUUGCAGAAUUUCAGUCCAUGGACGCGAAAAAGACGCAGGUGGUGGAGACGUCGUGUCCCCCUCCGUCCCCCAGGUUGAACGCCUCUCUGUGUGCGCAUCCCGAAAAAGACGAGCUGAUUUUAUUCGGAGGGGAAUUUUUCAAUGGGAAGAAAACCUUUCUGUACAAUGAAUUAUUCUUCUACAACAUUAAGAAGAACACCUGGGUAAAGGUGGAGAUCCCAAACCCUCCUCCAAGACGCUGUGCUCAACAGGCAGUGGUAGUUCCCCAGGGUGGAGGGCAGGUGUGGAUAUUUGGGGGGGAGUUUGCGUCCCCUGACGGUGAGCAGUUCUAUCACUAUAAAGAUCUGUGGGUGCUUCACCUGGGGACACGCACAUGGGAGCAAAUCAAGGAUUAUAUCUAUUAUAAUGAUAUUCACGCUUUUAACCUGGACACGUUCACAUGGAGCCGUCUCCAGCCCACAGGAACUGUCCCCUGUCCCCGUUCAGCCUGUCAAAUGACCCCCACUCACGAUGGCAGUGGCGUCAUCAUCUACGGUGGAUACUCCAAAACUAGAGCAAAGAAGGAUGUGGAUAAAGGAACCAUACAUUCUGACAUGUUCCUGCUGAGGAGGGAAGGCAAAGAGGAGCAAGAAAAGUGGACGUGGAUGCGAGUGAACCCUUCAGGAGUCAAGCCCCCUCCUCGGUCUGGCUUCUCUCUGGCAGUGGGCCCCGGGGGCCGGGCGCUGCUCUUCGGUGGCGUCUGUGAUGAGGAAGAUGAGGAGUCUCUGGAAGGAGACUUUUUUAAUGACCUUUACUUUUAUGAUAUCAGCAAAAACCGGUGGUUUCCUGCCCAGCUAAAGGGCAACAAGUCAGAAAAGAAGAAGAGGCGCCGUGGGAAGAAAGGAGAACAGACGAAUGAAACUGAAGGGGAGAAAGAGGAGGCACAAGGUCCCACUGAGAUUAUUAAAGAGAUCGUGGCUGAGGAUGGAACAGUUAUGACCAUCAAGGAAGUGAGUCCAGCCGCACAGGCAGAGGAGGACAGUGAGGAGGAGGAGGAGGAGGAGGUUGACGAAGAGGAGGAGGCGGCUGCAAUGGCUCCCCUGGUGGAGCCCUGUCCUCGCUCCAGCGCCAUGGCAACGGUGAAGCACGGCAAGUUGUACUUGUAUGGCGGAAUGUUUGAGGUGGGAGAUCGACAGUUCACACUCUGCGAUCUCUACAGCCUGGACCUGCAUAAGAUAGACAAGUGGGAUGUUCUAGUGGAAAUGGACCCCAAGACUCAGGAGUGGCUGGAAGAAUCAGAAUCAGAAGAUGAAGAAGAAGAAGCAAAGGGGGGUGAGGAUGAGGAAGAGGGGGAAUCCGAAGAGGAGAGUGAAGAAGAUGCAGACCAUCCUCCAGUAAAGCCUGGAGAAGCGCUUGCGGAUUAUCAAACACGGACUGAGAAGUACUGGCUGGGUCUGGCCCGAGCCAACAUGGGUCCUGAUGCCAAAGAGAAGAAAGUACAAAAGGUCGGCCACGCCAUGGCCAAAGUGUUCUUUGAGGAUCAGGAAUGAGAUUAAAUGUGUGUGUGAGUAUGUGUGUUUGAGAAGAUAAUUAAAGUGUUUGUUUGUGAUAAAGAGAAUGGAUAUGUGUUAUCAUAUAUAUUAGCAAGCUGUGUGUGUGUCUGAAAGUGUACAAAAGAGAAUGAAUGGAUGACGUUUAAUGUUUAAAAAACAUGGCCUUACUCUUUUCUCACUAUUUUGUCAUGUGUUUUUUAUUAUUAAUAAGGGAAGCUGAACCUCAAA